ACAAAUGUUAUAUUAUUUAAAAGAAUUGAGAUUUAAAGAUUCUAUUUUUUUAGUUAUGUAAUUAUAAGUACUAUGUACUAUAUGCUUGACGUUUAGUAUACUUUUACAUUAUAUAGUUUGGAUUUUAAAACAUAAUAGUAUUUUAUAAACGUAUAAUGAAAUAGGAAUUGAAUCUAUCACUUCUUAAAUAUUUUAGAUCGAGACUGUGAAUCGAUAAAUAUCGAUAUUAUUUAUAAUUAAAGUAGUGUUAAAAAGGUUAGGUAAUUAUAAACUUUUCGUUUAAUUUCUAGUAAAAAAUCUAUUUGUGAUAUUUAAAUUUACAAAAGAAAUUAUAUUAAAUAACGAAAGAUGAAAGCUUGGAAAGAAUCAGCAAGUUUAAUUCUAGCUGCACGUAAUGGAAAAAAAUAUAAUCGAGCUUUGCCACCUGUAGUUUUUCAGUAUAAUUACAAAUUAUUGUGUUUGAAACGUCAUCGAAAUUCAAGUUUUUAUCCAGAAUCUUAUGUAUUUCCUGGAGGAGUCACGCAUCCAGCUGAUGCCGAUUUAAAAUGGCAUGAAUUGUUUCGUACCUUUGGUUUCGACACCAACAGCUUCAAUUUUCUUGUUCCAAAUACUACUUUACGUCCACAAAUAUUUCAAGCCAAGCCAGACGAAUUACCAAAAGAAAUUUCAUUGCGUAUCACAGCUAUUCGCGAAACUUUUGAAGAAUGCGGUAUUUUGCUUUGCAAGCAAGUUAAAAGAAAUGGUAUUCUUUCCAAUUGGGCCAAUACUAUACCAAUUCCUAAAGAAGAUAUACAAGAUUGGCAAACCAAAGUACAUGACGAUGCUACAGAAUUUUAUAGAAUGUGUGAAAAGUUAAAAUGUUACCCAGAUUUAUGGUCCCUGCACGAAUGGAGUAAUUGGUUAACACCAACAUACUUUACUAAAAAACGUUAUGAUACAAUUUUUUAUAUAGCUUGUAUGCCAUUGAUACCAUAUUCCAAUUACGAAACUACUGAAAUGGAAGAUAUAAAAUGGGAUACACCAAAAGAUAUGUGUGCAGCUCCAAAUAUGAUAAUGGCUCCACCGCAGUAUUAUGAAAUUUCAAGAAUAGCCAAGUUUGAAUGUUUGGAAAAUUUAUUGGACUUUGCAAUAGAGAGAAGUAAACGUGGAGUAGAAUUAUAUCUACCGAUUACGGUAUUGCUACGAGAUGGAAAAAUAUCUAUUUUACCUGGAGACUGUAUGUAUCCUGAAAAUCCUAGUUUGACUGAAAAGUUAAUAAUCGAUAAAACAGAUAUAACAAUAGCUGAAUUCGAAGAGAUGUCCCAUGUAAAGAAUAGAAUUAUAAAUUUUGAUUUGGAACUAAGUAAGGUAAUAGUUCAUAAUUUUGAUAGUACAGAAGGCCACAUAUCACCAAUGCCUUUUGAAAAAGUUUAUAUUAAAUCUUUGGAGAAAAAGUAAUAAUUAUUUCUUAUAAGAUAUAUUAUGAUCUUACCUAUUCUGUAUAAUUAUGUUUUUAGAAUAUAUAUUUUGUAACAGGGAA